AUGUCACUCGAAACAGAAGCUGGAACUGGAGCCUUAACCUUUGUUUCGCACCUUCAACAACUUCAUCCACCCGGCUGUCCGAUUCCAGCAGCUCCUUUGGACGGAGAGCUUCCUACCUCAAGAUCAUCCACAUCAUUCGUGAUGACGGACAAAUUACCUCCCAACCUCCUCGCGCUCUUUGCGCCGCGCCCAGGACUGCGAUGGGUGCCUCCCAGUGAUCAUGCACCUCAGGACCGGAUGACCGCAACCAUCUCUGGUCUGGCUGCAUUCCUCCCUGCGCUGGAGGAGUAUAAGGCUACGGAUAAGUAUGAGCCGACAGAGAGCUGGCUGCAGCGCAAGGAUAGAGUCAGAUUGGAGAAGAGGGAGGCACAGGAGCAGCUCUUGAAGGAGGGCCCAGCCGAUUAUAAACCUCAAGAGGACCAGAAUAUUCGCGGUGAUGCUUUCAAGACUUUGAUCGUUGCGCGCCUGAGUUACGAUGCGACAGAGCAGGACUUGGAGCGUGAGUUUGGACGUUUUGGUCCCAUUGAGCGUAUCCGUAUUGUAACGGAUACCCACCAAGACGAAAAGCCCAACAAGAAGAAGAAGAAGCAUCGCGGCUAUGCCUUUGUUGUUUUUGAGCGCGAGAAAGAUAUGAGAGCUGCUCUAGAUGGAUGUGACGGCAUUAGAAUCAAAGAACGACGCAUCAAAGUCGACGUCGAACGCGGCCGCACUGUCAAGGGCUGGAAGCCACGUCGCUUCGGUGGCGGCCUUGGAGGCAGAGGUUACACAAAGGCUGUCCCACCCCGCCCUAUGGGACCAGGUGGAUUUGGAGGCGGACCUGGACCUGGUUUCCGUGGUGGAUUCAGGGGGGGGUUCGAUGGAGGUCGCGGCGGUGGUGGCUUCCGGGGUGGAAGAGGUGGCGGUGGUUUCCAAGACCGUGGACCAGGAGGUGGAGGUAGAGGAGGUAUCGGCUAUCAAGGCAGUGGAUUCGGUGGCCGUGAUGGUGGCAGGGGUGACCGCGAUAGAGGAUUCGGAGCGCCUCCCCCAAACGCCCCAGCUGGACCACGACCAGGCGGCGGUGGUUACCCUCGCAAUGGGUAUGGCCAAGGCUCGCCAGACCGCAAUGGGCCACCUGCUGCUGGUGGGUAUGAACCACGCGGUGGCCGUCCUCCAUACGACGACAGGGGACCAAGUUCGGGUGGGUACAGAGGUGACAGAGGUGGUGAUCGAUAUGGUGGUUCUAGAGGAGGCGACUACCGUGGUGGCGGUGGUAGCGGAAGCAACAUGGAGCCGGUAAGACCUCGUGAGGGCGGCGGAUACCGUGACAGAGACUCUGGACGCGGCGACCCACGAGACCGUGAUCCAAGAGACCGGGACCCACGCGACAUGGGCCGUGAACCCAGGGACGGACCCAGAGACGGAGGGUAUGGUGGACGCCCACGCGAGGAAGAUAUGUCGAGGAAGCGCAUGUACGACGACGGAAACAACGGCUACAUCGAAGACCCGCGAAAGCUACGACGGUACUAAACAAGCAAGCUUCUUUGACAGCAGGUGGCUUGGGUGGGUACGGGUUUGAACCUUUCAGCUUUUUCUUCCCUCUUGCAACAGGGGUAAGCAACACUACAGCUACAGGGUGCACUUUUGCGACUUUCAGUAUCAAGGAGGUAUGAAGGUAGUAUUUGCUGCUCUGCCUGACCGCGCAUACAUCUCCCGACUUCGGAUCAAGCUUCUAGGCCCAUGAAACCGUCGAUGGACUUCAUUUGGUAACUUGGAUCCGUACAACUACUACGUCUGCCUCCCACUUGGCAAUUUUCUUGAUACAGCUUGUUUCAAAAUAAUCGUUUCUUCGGCUUCAAGAAACUUGGGUAACCCGACCCUCCCCUGGCCAAUUACGGAAAACCUUCUACGCCUUCUGCCAGUUUCUGGCCAGAACCUUGUCGCCCUUGUCCUGGAUUGCAAUCCUAAUUCGAACUUUCGUCCAUGUCGUUUACUUUUUAGUACUUUUUGUUUUUUUCUCGCCUUGUCCUCGUAUUGGUGGUGAGUAUGGGAUGGUAGGGGGUGGGUGAGGGGUCCAGCAUCUAAUCAUAGGUUCCUCAAGCGGGGUUGUACUUGUACGAUAGUCUCGCGAUGCUGUGUUGUCAAGAGUAUAAGUGUAUGGCGCGAAGCUAGGGGGAGUUUGCCGGUGGGUAGGCUAGUAUAAAAGCGAUUCAGAUGAGAUACGCAGUGUCUGAACGUAGUGAUAUUUGCAG